AAAUGUGUUGUAACCCAACACGGAAGUGACGGCUUGCAUUCGCAGAAAGCGUUGUUUUGCUUCAUCUUCAGCUAACUUUCAGCCAAGAAGACACCUCUUUUACACUCAAACUUCAAAAUGUCUUCAGACUUUGAAGCCUACGAACAGGACUUUGGAACCCUGACAGCAGAAAUAACAAACAAAAUUGGAAGGAUUCCCAAAUUAGGUGCAGAGGAGAAGACACAGCUGGUUCUAAAUGUCGACAAACAGCUUGAAGAAGUCAGAGAAUUGAUGGAGCAGAUGGAUCUGGAGGUGCGUGAGAUCCCCAUCCAGAGCAGAGGCAUGUACCAGAGCAGACUGAAGAGCUACAAGGGGGAGAUGGAGAAGCUGGAGAAAGACUUUAAAAGGUCACGUAUCGCCUACAGUGAUGAGGUGCGGAACGAGCUCCUGGGGGAAGACGCUGGCUCCUCGGAGAGUCAGUUGAUAAAGUUACGUGAAGAGAGAGCACAUCUGUUGGACAACACAGAGAAGCUGGAAAGGUCAUCUCGGAGGCUGGAAGCUGGCUACCAGAUAGCAGUGGAAACCGAACAAGUGGGACAAGAGAUCCUGGCUAACUUACACAGUGACCGCGAGAAGAUCCAGAGAUCCAGAGAUCGGCUGAGAGAGACCGAUGCCAACCUGGGCAAGAGCUCCCGCAUCCUAACGGGAAUGCUGAGAAGAAUCAUCCAGAACCGAGUCCUGGUCUUCGUCCUUGGCGCCACCAUCCUCCUUACCAUCAUUCUGGCCAUCUAUUUCAAUGUGCGAGGGCACUGAUCUCCCCCAAUGCUCUCACACACACACACGCACUCCGUCACACACACACACACACACACACACACACACACACACACACACGCAUGAUUAAUAGCGACAAAAGUGUUUGCUCUGGAGUAAUUAGAACAAAUGGUGCCCAUGAAUCACUCUUUCUGGGCCCUGACAGGGGUCUCUCUCUCACUCGCUUUCUCUCUGAGACAGCCCCCUCUGUUUCUUUUAUUGCUAUUGAUAAUAUUCACGGUGUCGUCGUCACUGUACUGCGUUUAGCAUUGGAGAUCUAUCUUUUCCCUGGGUAGAGAGGGCCUGUAAGGGGAUUCAAAUAGUCUAGACGGGUUCAAAUAUGUACAACUUCCUACUGUUGUUCAUUCGCCACUUCCAUGGUCUGACCUAAGGUGUUUGCGGGUCCCAUUUCUAUGUGUGUGUGUGUGUGUGUGUGUGUGUGUGUGCGUGCGCGUGCGCGUGCGCGUGCGCGUGAGUGCUUGUAUAUCUGUACGUGGAGCUUUUCUCUCCCUCUGUCAGACCAACUUUCAACACGUCUAGUCUAUUAGGCGCUCGACUCAACUCUUUGUGUGCAAGAUUAACAUGGGGGCCUACUAUAUGAAUGUACCCAGCCUACUGGCAUGUAGCUCCUAGCUAUCCUCUUUAUGAACUGAACAUACAGCACAGCACAAAGGACAGUGCCUUCAAAUAAGAGGUGGUAUUCAGUCACCUUUUUUUUCAGCACGGUUGGGCCCGAAUAUGAGAUAUACAUUUGUAAAUGGAAGAUAUAUAUAACCCAUAGAAAAUGCAUGAACAAGUUUGCGUUUGUUUUAGCUCAAGGAAGGAGACCCAGGAUUUGCUGGGAAAUCCCCCUUUUAUACACCCUCCUCACAUUACUGACUCCUAUCACUGUUAUCUGACUGUAAGGGGUCUUAAUCGUGUCCAGACUCCAUUUUGUUUUUACACACAAGACAUUAAUAGAGACUUGAUAAUAGUAGGCAACAUACUGUACUAACAGGUGUACAUACUGUACGUAGAAAAAAAUCAUUUUGGGGGGGGGGGGGGUUCAACAGCAAUUCUGUUUAUUUAUUUAUAAACGUUGUUUUAGAAUUGAUGAUUGAUUUUUGGGAUUAGCGUUAAAGAUUAUGUGAUACUAAGUGUAUAUUUUAUGAAGUCUAUUAUAGACUUUGGCCGGCGAAUCACAUGACAUGUAUAGUCCAGGACCAAUUGAAACAUGGAUUGCUUUGAUUGUGUGUGAAUUCAGACUUAAGUCAUUAUUAAUAUGAGUGAAAUUGCUCUGUUGUCCUGUAAUUUAUUGUAUUUCUUCUUCUUUUGUUUUGUCAAGUUGUAAUGAAGACAAUAAUAAUGCAGUACUUUUACAUAAGAGCCUUUUACCCGAUGUCUUCAAGCUGACAAUGAUGUUCCAUGCUCUUUUUACCAACUCACAAUACUGUGUGUGUGUGUUUUAGUCCUUGUUUUGUAGUUAAAAGCCAUUCUACUCUCUGUGGACAGGUUAAUAUUGUUGUAUUUUAUGUGUGUAAAUAGAGGCAAGGCAAAUGUUGGACUGUU